AUGAGCCGGAGUUUGGGAAUACCGGUGAAGUUACUCCACGAAGCAUCGGGUCACGUGGUGACGGUUGAGCUCAAAAGUGGCGAACUAUACCGGGGGAGCUUGAUCGAGUGCGAGGACAACUGGAACUGUCAACUCGAGAGCAUCACUUACACGUCCAAGGAUGGAAAAACAUCGCAACUUGAGCAUGUAUUUAUUCGAGGCAGCAAAGUCAGGUUUAUGGUCAUACCAGACAUGCUGAAGAAUGCUCCUAUGUUUAAGCGUUUGGAUGCAAGAAUUAAGGGCAAGGGUGCAUCACUUGGAGUUGGUAGGGGAAGAGCAGUUGCGAUGCGAGCAAAGGCUCAAGCUGCUGGCCGUGGAGCUGCACCUGGGAGGGGUGUACCAUCAGUGCGGAGGUGA